AUGACACCACCUUGCAAAGUGUUCCCCGUCUCGGAGCUGGAGCUGCACGUCCAAGCCAAUGUCAAAGGCAAGAAGCGCAAGCUUCCGAGGGGCGCCGAUGUCGAUUUGACCAAGUGUGCUUUGAAGGAGAUGACGCAGUUUCGGUGCUACGUCGACGACUCAAAGUCCCGAGACAGCCCAGUGCGAUGUUGGCCGAUACACCGGCUCUUCCGGCAAUGUCGAGACAAAAAGGGCACGUUCACAAUUGAAACAACAGCAUGGGAGGGCUCGAUCCACAGCGCCCAACGGACCUCCCCAACGACGGGCAGCACCAAAACCGAACAAGGACACAACAACGACCCGGUGUACCAUCAAUGGUCACAGGCAUGGCAGGAUGAAUGA